AUGAAGGCGGUGCACCUUCAUCACUACAGCGGCCAAGAGGCCGAGGAGCGCUAUAAACUCGCAACCCCUCGCAACUUGUUCUCGCAACGCAUGCCGACAGUUGACAGCGGCGACCCAGCGGCCAAGAUGGAGGAGAUCCGAAACUACGUUCACAACACAAUGGAGCUGUUCGAGAGGGUUUUCGACUGCCUUGCAUAUGAGGAGUCCUUCCUUAUGCCGCCCAUUCACAAACUUCGCCAUCCCAUGAUCUUCUACUACGGCCACACCGCAUGCUUCUAUAUCAAUAAGCUCCGCGUGGCUGGCCUAACGGAGCGCAUCAACCCGGGGCUUGAGAAAAUGUGCGCCAUCGGCGUCGAUGAAAUGAGCUGGGAUGAUUUGAACGUGGCGCACUACUCCUGGCCUACCGUGGAGACGGUGUGCGAGUACCGUCGCCAGGUGCGCGACCGCAUUGACCAGCUCAUGUCAAGCGGCAAGUUUCCCCUCAAGAUGCCGCUGACACUGGCAAACAGCACCGAUAAUGACGCCAACGCUUUCUGGUGGGUGAUGCUGAUGUGCGCCGAGCAUGAGCGCAUUCACUUCGAGACCGUCUCCGUGCACGUCCGCGAGUUGCCAAUGAAAUAUAUUUCUACGGUCAUGUCUGACAUCUGGCAGCGCUGCCCCGACGCAGGCACUCGAGCCCCAAUCAACGACCUCGUGCCCAUCGCGGGCGGCAAAGUACAGAUGGGCCGCAUGCCGAACUCGCAUGUGUACGGCUGGGACUGCGACUACGCGAAUGGAUGCAACAUGGUGGAGGUGGCGCCUUUCAAGGUGAGCAAGUUUAUCGUCUCCAACGUUGAGUUCUUCACGUUUAUGAAGGCAGACGGAUACAAUGUGCAGCGGUACUGGGACGAAGAGGGCUGGAGGUGGGUGCAGUGGAAAAAACCGGAGCACCCGUGGUUCUGGGUGCGUGACGAGACCCGCCCAAGCGGCUUUGCGCUGCGUCUUCAGACGGAGCUGAUCGAUCUGCCGUGGGACUGGCCAUGCGAGCUCAACAACCUCGAGGCUCACGCCUUCUGUUCCUUCAAGAGCGAGCAGCUGGGCAAGAGGAUUCGCAUGCUGACCGAGGAGGAGUGGACGCUGCUGUUUGACCGGUACAUCGGAAAGGACCAGCUGGAGUGGGGUGAGAAGGCGCCUGGAAACAUCAGCCUUGAGCACUACCAGAGCAGCUGUCCCGUUAACAAGUUCAAGCACGGCGACUUGUAUGACGUGAUCGGCAACGUGUGGCAGCAUUGCGAGACCCGCGUUCACCCCUACCCCGGGUAUCGGGUUCAUCCCUUUUAUGAUGACUUCUCUCUCCCGACAUUCGAUGGCCAGCACGCGUGCAUGAAGGGUGGCACGUGGGCGAGUACCGGCAAUAUGGCCACCCGGGACGCCCGCUUUGCCUUUCGCCGCCACUUCUUCCAGUACAUUGGCUUGCGCUACGUGGAGGGACCUGAUGCACUUGAGCCGCAGAGCAAGUGCUGUUUUCUUGGUCUCGAUCCCGAGGUGGAUGUCAUCACCGACACCUGUUUCCGCGACUCUUUCCAGGGCUUGCCAAACGGAUGUGUUGCGAUCGCCGAGUAUGCCAAGAGGAUGUUCGCCGAGCAUGCCACGGUGCCAGCGGUGAGAGCAAUGGACAUUGCAUGCGGAGGCGGCCGCAUCGCAUUCGAGCUGACGACCUCCUUUCAACAGGUGCUUGGCGUCGACUACACGGCGCGCCGUCUGAUGCCUUGCUUCGCCAUUCGCGAGCGCGGCGAGUGCCAGUACAGCGUCGAGAGCUCUGCCGACGGGGUGCGCACUGCCCAUACUGUGAAGUGCGAGGACUUCCAGUGGGGACCGACCCUCAAGCGCGCCACCUUCUUUCAGUCCGACCCCACAAACCUGCACGACCAUCUCUCUGACUUCUCGCUGGUGGUGUGCUGGAAUUGCUUGGAGCGCAGUUACCAACCAAGUGCCAUUCCUGCCCACCUGCUCAACCGUGUCGCAAAGGGUGGUCUUCUCGUGAUUGGUGGCGACUACGACUGGGAUAACAUCAAGAAAAACGCCGAGGACGCUGGCAGGCAGGACAACACGUACUUGACUGACCCCUUGACUACGUUCACGGGCAACUGUCAAACAGAGAUCUUCCGCCUGCUCGGCGGCAGUGACGCGGUAGAGCAGGUGGGCAAGACGGUGUCCAUUCCGGUGGCUUUUCCCAAGACGGAAGACACAGCCGACAUCCGUGUCAUGGAGCUUGCAACGUAUAGAAAGAAGUAG